AUGCUCGGGCCGGGUCUGGGUGCACUGGCAGUGGUGACGGCCUAUGCCUCCGUCGCCCGGGGUCAGUCAACAUGGCCAUCCAAUCAGGUCGAUACCACCUUGUGCCAAUGGCAACAACCCCGAGCUGCUGUCGUCCAAGACACGGUAUACAUGGACGGCGGACGCCUGUGGUGGCUACCUGGCUUCGAUGAUGGAACACUUGGGCCAAUAACCUCAGACGACAAUCCCCUGGGUCUUGUGUACACUCUCAACUUUAGCAAACCCUUCAACACGACCCAGAACAUCACUGCCCUUUUCAACACUAUUUCAAAAGCCCCGGCCGGCAGUGCUGCAAAUAACCUUGCUCCCAACUACUAUGACGGAGCCAUGCUGGCAAACAACGACGAGUGGGUUCUCUACGGCGGCUUGCUAAAGAAGACUUCGGGGCUCUCAGACCCGGACGCAGACGAGGCGUUAGCCUACCAGAAGUACCAGUAUGGGCCCCAGAGGGAUUCGUUCGAGCCCGGCUUCGCAAAGGUGAACCUCCCGGUCAACAUGACACGAUAUAUUGCCUACGGCGGAGCCGCCAGCGCGCCGUCUGAAAACAAAGCGUGGUACUUCUCCGGGAUGCAUUCGCCUUCCUUUGGCCCAAUAUACGAGGCAGGCACCAAUCUCAGCCAGACAGCAGUCGACGUCUCCAACACUCUUAUCACCUUGAACAUGUCGGUCCAGGGGAAGGAAUCCUUCACGAACGACUCGUUACCAAGCGAUAUCCCCGGACGCGCGAACCCGGAGCUUGUAUGGGUCCCCGUCGGCGCUCAGGGCAUUCUCGUCGCACUGGGCGGAGUCGUGCUUCCGAGCUUCAUUUCGCCAACCCGAACGAUUUCAGCCAACAUCACAGAAAGUGAGGCACAGAGCCCUGGUUUCAUGUCGACCAUCAAUGUCUACGAUGUCGCUGGGAACAAGUGGUACAACCAGCAGACGGUGGAUGGGCCUGGCCAGCUGACCCGGGGCUGCGCCGUCGUUGCCACUGCUCAAGAUCGCUCGAGCUUUAACAUAUACUACUAUGGCGGUUACGACGGCCUUAAGGAGACGAGCCCUCACAGCGACGACGUAUGGAUCUUGUCGCUGCCUUCAUUCACGUGGACCAAGAUUGCUGGCUCGAAACAGGGCCGGGCCGGGCACAAGUGCUUCAUGCCGUAUCCAGACCAGAUGAUGGUUAUCGGGGGGUCCCCGACCAUCCCCGACACCGUCAGCCCUCUCACUUGUCUAACAGAACCCAUUCGCCUGUUCAACGUGUCAAGCGGCGCCUGGAUGACUAGCUACGACCCGGCCAAGUAUUCCAACUACAGUGUCCCUUCCGGCAUCUCCGACAAGAUUGGUGGAUCUGCCACGGGCGGUGCCACAGCAACAGCCCCUAGCCCUUCGGGUUUUGCCUCGACUGGCCUGGCCCAAGUCUUCGCGACGCCGUACCCAACAAGCAAGCUCACGAGAUUUUACCCGUACGCGUCCGCUGCGCCGGCCAACAACACCAACCCUAAUACUCCUGCGGCUUCGGAUCAGCCGAGCGGCGGAGGCGUCCCUGCAUUCCUCCCGCCAGUGCUCGGUGUGGUGCUCGGACUGGUGUUCCUGACAAUGAUCGCUGUCCUGAUACUCCUCUGGAGACGGCGCAGGCUGUUCAAGGCCCGCAUGAGCGACACUGAGACCGAAGAUACCAACGGCCAUCGCAUCAUGUCGUGGAUGCGUGGACAGACACUAACUAGCGAGGCCAAAGCACCCACCGUCACGACCUCUGACGAAUUAUCGUCGAGCCCAGCCGAUGUCGAGAGCAUUGUGGUACCACGGUCCACUAUCGUCGAGGCGAUGAACACGGAGGUGCAGCGACCACCCGUAGAACUUGAUGACACAUCGCCCCGUGCUGAGCUUCACGAUACGCCCGUGAGCCACAUUGAUGUUCUCAACAGAUACUCGCGUCUCGGCGAUAAUCCAGUCCCAGGGUUUGGCUUUGGAACACUGAACAACCCGUCGUCCUACUCGAGCAGCACACAGCAGAUUGACCACGCGAGCAGCCUGUCACGGUCCACCGCGUCACGGUCCGUCGCCGGCAUGACCGCGUCGUCGCCCAGCCCACAGCCGCCCACUCCGCAACUGCCAUCCGCCGAGCCGUCGCCCCCGCCGCCCGAGUUCCAGCCCGACGCUAACCUCCUAGCAAAUCUAGGUACAGGCACAGGCACAACAGGAUCAGGGUCGGGGACGUCCGCCACGGUGGCAUCCUCGCCCACCAUCACCAUGGCCAACCGCAACACGCGCGUGCUGUCGGGCAUCUCGAACCUCAGCGAACGCGACCGCGCACACCUGCGGCAGGUCAGCGACACGACGGUGAGCUCUGUGACGACCGGCGCCGGCGGCGACCGCAUCCUCAGCCCGUCGGUACCCAUCGUCGAGACCCCGCUCGAGAGCCCCGGGGCCUCGUCGCAACGCACCAUUCUCGCCAUCUCCCCGCCCACGGUCGGCAUCACCGAGGAGGCCGAGGACUAUCUAGAUGCGCGCUCAUCGCUACAGCGCCAGCAUACUGCUGGUACUGCUGCGGGCACGCCGACUAGUCCCCUCAGGCGGAGCGUCUUCACCGAGAGCCGCGAAGACAUGAACGACACCAGCCGCCGAGGGGGGGGUCCCUCUGCUUCGUGA